AUGAAUAUGUUGGAUGAUGAAGAUGACCAAAGCUUUCACGCUACGCGUGACACCUACUCCCAUUUGAGCGAUGUCGAAUGGGAUGCGGUUGAACGAAUGGGUUCGAUCAUGGGCAUCCAUGCUGUUAGCGUCAUGCUAGAGGCUCUCAAUAGAGAUGCCCAACAUGCUACUAUCGCCAAGUUCAUUCAAAAUGAACUUGACGCAGAACGCGAGAAAGUAGCCUUGCUUCACCAACAAGGUUCUCAACAAGCAGAGUUGUUGAGAGAACAGGGUGCUCAACAGUUUGAACUGUUGAGACAGCAGCAGGCUGCUGCUGGUGGGUCGAUGCACUCGCGUCGACCCGAGGCCUUGAAGAUCGACAUCUCCAAGCAUAGGGGGGUCGAAGAGGACUCUCUCUUGAGGUGGUUCGUCGAAUUGGAUGACGCCAUAAGGGCGCGUCGCAUCGACGACGGGGAUAUGCAAGUUGCAUUUGCCCAGUCAAAUCUGGCAGUACGUGCCAAGACUUGGGCACUGGGGCUCAAGCUGCACGACCCAUAUGCGUUUGGGUCGUUAGAAGUCUUCAAGUCGCGGCUCAGACAAACGUUUGAACCGCCUAGAGCUGAGUUCAGAGCUCGAACCGAACUCUUGAAGCUCAAGCAGGGUAAGCGUGAUGUGCACGCUUACGCUCAACAUAUACGACAUCUCACGAGUUGUAUAAGUUCCAAUCCGGUGGAUGAACACACGUUGGUUUCGGUGUUCAUGCAGGGUCUUGCGGAUGGUCCCGUCAAGACUCACCUGUUCCGACUUGAACUAGAUUCACUAGAACAAGCCAUUUCCAUUGCGGAGCAGGAAGACUUCAGUCUGAGACAGGCUCGCGCCAGCUCGACAUCAUAUCGUCAACCGAGACGAUAUGACAACGGAGGUCCAGAGCCGAUGGAACUCUGUUAUGUAGAGAGCGAGAAGGCUCGCUCUACAGGCUACAAGAGGUUGCAGAGAUGCAACAGAUGUCAAAAGACAGGACACUACGCUUACGAGUGUAGUGCCCCUCGUCCAGUGUCUCGCGACACUGGGCGUAGUGACCGUCCACCCAUGAGAAAGGGGCAGGGACGAGGGUCCGCAGUUGGUGCAAAGACGCAACAACGGGAUGGACCGUCAAAAAACGGACAGGAUCAGUAG